UGGGCUAGCGCGAGGUACUUGAAAUGGUAAAAUAAAAACCGUCUUUUUGUUGAAGCCCGUCUCCGCUCGAAGGAAUUUAACUGGUCUUCAGUUAUUCGACGUAACAGCCGCAAAUAAAUUAAUUUUCUCUUUACUUUUCGUCGCGUUUAAUUUGCUGCGAGCUAUUUAAACAACCGUGGACAUGAGUUCGUGCGUGAAAGUAACUAUUUUUGCGUUAAGUGUAAUCGUCUUGUGCAGUUUAAAUGCGAAACUGGUUAAUUCAUUUAACAUUGAUGCAUUUAAUUACGCGGUAUAUGAAAGAUCUGAAAAAUCCAUGUUUGGAUUUACUGUUGCAGUUCACAAACAGAAGUCCGCAUCCUGGGUCCUAGUCGGUGCCCCAGAAGCGCAAGCAAUGUUGCAGGAUCAAAGUGUUUACAAAGGUGGAGUAGUUUACAGAUGUCGACCAGAUGGAGAUGACGUUUGCGAUGAAAUACCUUUCGAUCGAACAGGAAACCAGUAUAUCGGAAACAAAGAAUUAGACCACAAAUCUAUGCAGUGGUUUGGAGCAACAUUGGCUACAUCUGGGCGUCUGGAAGGGGGUCCCGUUGUGGCUUGCGCUCCCAGAUAUGUUUGGUACAGUAAAGAAAUGAAUCGAAGAGAUCCAGUAGGAACGUGUUUCGUGGCAGAUGAGUUCUUCGAAAAAUUUGAGGAAUAUUCUCCAUGUCGUACAAGUAAUUGGGGUUACCAUCGUCAAGGAUCGUGUCAGGCAGGAUUCAGCGCAGCAAUUAACUCGAUGGGAGACCGUUUAUUCGUUGGAGCGCCAGGGAGCUAUUAUUGGCAAGGACAAAUGUAUUCGAUUGAUGCUCGGGCUCACUUUUCCUACACUCCAGGAUUGUUCGGAAUGUCUUACGGAGCCAAAGGAUCCGUUCACCAACAAAGUUUAGAAAACAGACCAGCCGUUUUCCAGACCAGAGAAGGGAAAAAGGAAGAUGAUGAUUCCUAUUUAGGUUAUUCUGCCAUCGUCGGCGAUUUUGAGGGAAUCGGACAGCAGGGAGUUGCUGUUGGUAUGCCUAGGGGUGCGGAUCUACAUGGAAAAAUAUUACUAUUCUCCUGGAACUUAACCAAUUACAAAAACAUCUCGGGAAACCAACUGGGGUCCUAUUUCGGAUAUAGUUUGGCUGCGGCAGACGUUGAUGGUGAUAAGAAAAUUGAUCUCAUCGUCGGCGCCCCAAUGCACACCGAACCUAACACGGAAGGCCACUAUGACGUGGGAAGGGUAUAUGUGUUUUACCAGGGUGGAGGAUUCGGUAGCUUUAAUAAGUCAUCAUUUUUGGACGGAGAAAAUUCUAUGUCAAGGUUUGGUUUGAGUUUGGCUUCUUUGGGGGACAUGAAUCAAGACGGAUAUGAUGAUUUUGCUGUGGGGGCCCCUUACGAUGGUCCAAAUGGUCAAGGUGCUGUCUACAUUUUUUACGGAUCAGUCAACGGAGUUCUCAAAAAAUAUGGUCAAGUAAUAUAUGCGGAAGACAUUCAAACUAGGAGUGGUAAACCAAUUGCUACGUUCGGGUUUUCUGUUGGAGGUGGUUUAGAUAUGGACGGGAACGAUUAUCCAGAUUUAGCUGUCGGCGCAUAUCUAUCCGAUUCUGUUUUCUUCUUCAGAGCAAGGCCUGUGGUUCGCGUCGACGCGUUUGUGCGUUUCCAAACUCAAAAGAAACAGAUUGACAUUCAAAAUAAAAACUGCAAUUUACCGAACGGACAGAGAGGCACCUGCACCACCAUUGACUUCUGCAUUAAAUAUGGAGGAAAAGGAAUUCCUCCUCAAAUAAAACUAGACCUACAAUAUAUUUUGGAUACAAAGAAAUUUGACGUUCCAAGGAUGGCUUUUAUAAGCCGUAAUAGCCACACCUUUAAGGAAAGUUUGGUUUUAUAUAAGGACAGUAGCCAUUUUUGCAAAAGCGAGGAAAUUUAUAUUAAGAAUGACAUUCGUGAUAAACUUACCGCCCUGGAGGCCGAGGUUAAAUAUUUCAUGAUUGAAGAUCUUUCUUCGGGAUACUACGGUAAAGUACGAGACCCCAGGUCGCGUCUAACGCCGGUUUUGGACCUUAAUUCUCCUCCGUCAAGGAAAGACUCGAUUAGCAUUCAAAAAAAUUGUGGAUUCGACAACAUCUGCAUACCGAAUUUGCACGUUAACGUCAUUAAGAAUGUUGAAAAAUACCUACUGGACUCGAACACUAAUUUAGAAUUCGAUGUAGUAGUGUCAAAUUUUGGAGAAGAUUCGUUCGAGACCACUUUUUAUUUGACUUUUCCUGAAGGAAUUUAUUAUAAGAAAACGGAAGGGGCUUUGUGUAGUACGAGGGAGAACAAUACGAUCACUUGCGACGUCGGAAAUCCUUUGCAAACAAGUAAAAUUGCUAAAUUUAAAGUCAUCUUCGUACCUUAUCACAAGCAGGAAAUGGCUCCGAGUUACGACUUCGAUUUCUUCGUCAAUAGCACGAAUCCCGAAGAAAAUUCGACCUUGUCUGAUAAUCAUAAGCGUAUUAGAGUCGACAUCUGGGUAGAAACAAAAUUAGACGUAAAUGGGAGAUCUAUUCCUCAAGAAAUUUACUUGCCGAAUGCUUCGACCUAUACUGCAGAUAUAAGGAGAGAAAGUGAUAUAGGUCCGCAAGUGACGCAUCUCUAUACGCUGAGGAAUAAGGGCCCAGCAACCGUUUACGAGGCCGAAGUAUAUUUCUUCUGGCCUUGGCAAACACUUGGGGGUGAAGAUUUGUUGUAUUUGCUUGACCAACCUCACGUUCCAGAGGGUAUUAAAUGCGACAUACCUGCUCCGGCAAAUUACAAAAAUUACGAGCUUGAUUAUUACACAAAAUCUAUUUGGGAACGCCUCCGUAUUGACUCUUCCAGUAAAUACGGCGAAAAAUAUGGCGAACAUUCCGUGGUUCACGUAGAAACCGGAGCCAAUAUCCCCGCCAUAGUUGGAGGAACGACGAUUAAAGGACAAAACUCCAUGGAACUAGAUGAAAAAAUUAAACAAUCCGGAGGAGAUGCGUCUGAAAUUUUCAACGAGCGUCACAAUAUUAACGCUACCUCCGGUCAAUCUAGUACCGGAAAUACGAGCUUGGCGGGAGUAACUGUUUAUACAAAAUCCGAAUGGACCACAGUUAUACAAAAUGGAAAACCGGUUACCAAAUGGACGAACGUUACUACCGUCAAAGAUGCGUCAGGGAAAAUCUUGAACACUUAUUAUUCCACUGAUAACGACGGUAGUCAAAACGAACGCGACAGUUUUGGUCAAAAGGUCAUCGGUAUUUAUGAAAAACCAGCGAUCCAGCCUACCUACAGUUCUUCUGGAAAUGGUCCUAGCCAGCCGCCAAGGUUAGAACAAGGACGUCAUAGACAAGAGGAGAGGCUGAAGACAGAAGAAUCCAGAAGACAAGGCGAAAAGUGGCGAUCACACGACCAAAGGAGCAAUUCAACUUGGCCCAGUUCAAGAACUCAAAUUAAUUACCAUGAUGCAGAUAACACGGAACACCAAGAAGGGUCUAAUAGACAACAAGCGUAUGAAGAGAGGUUGAGGACAGAAGAAUUUAGAAGACAACAAGGCGAACGAUGGCGAGCACAUGAUCAAAGAAACAAUUCAACCUGGGUGAAUUCGAAAACUCAAAGUAAUGCAGGACACUAUCAAUCUGGAAGAAACGAACAAACAUUGGGGAGUAGUAGAGUCGACAACAUAAAUGCUGGUCAGCAGAAUAUUUAUCAUAACUAUGGCCAAGGUUCUAGUGGUGAAAGAUUUCAAACGACCGCUAUCGAACUAGAUGGUUUGGGUAGCAUGUUAGGAAGGCAAUCAAUUGUGUUAGGAAGACCUCAAUCAUCUGAGGCAGAGUUUUCUGGAGGUGAAAGUGAGGGAUAUCAGUGGCAAUCUUCGGGCAGGCGAAUCCAUAGUGGCACAAUCGCAAGGACGGAUGACGAAACAUCAUCCGAAAAUAGAGAUUAUCGCAAUUCUCGCGACCACCAAAACAGCAAUUCGGAUUUGAGAACCAGGACCAAACGCCAAAUUGAACCGCUCGACCCAGAUAUUGACCAAAUACGAAAAUGCGAAACGACGAAUUGUAUCUACGUCAGAUGCAUCGUUAGUACAUUGAAGAGAGACGAGUUUGUUUCUAUCGCGCUCAGAUCUCGCCUCAAUCUCCGAGCAGUUAAGCAUUUAAGCAGUUCGCAACCCUUCAAAUUAUCGUCAGUGAUGGUGGCGAGAAUUAGCAAACUUCCUUAUAUAGGAAGAUUUAAAGAUCAAAAUCCUCUUAUGCAUGAAGUCUUCACGGAUAUUCCGGCCAAAGAACCUGAAGUUCCCCCAAGGAUUGUUCCACUAUGGAUUAUUCUACUGUCGGCAAUCGCUGGUACAAUUAUCCUGUUGCUAGUAAUUCUGUUUCUUUACAAGUGUGGAUUCUUUAGAAGAAACAGACCAUCAUCAACACCAGAAAGGCAGCCUCUUAAUCGCAACGGUUAUCAAAAUGGAGAUGAAGCGCUUUAAUAAAUACGAAAUAAUAAUUGAAGGCUGUGAAAAUGAUUAUAUGUGCGGUAGCUAAAGUACUGGUAACUAAUGAGACGUAACUUAUUUGUAAAUGUUUGUGAGUAUGUGUGUAAAUUAAUUUUGUUUGUUUAAUUGCGAAAUUUCUUCUACUAAGGGUCUUGAUAAAAUACGCCAUCAAUAUAUUUACUAAUUCAUCUGACUUCAAAGCUAAACUUAACACGUUAAAAUUUAAGUAGCGCACUUCAUGUGCAAAUUGAUACUGAAAUUUUAAUUGCGUACUUCUUAGUAUGUUUAUCAGUUUUUAAUAUUAAUGCAUAUAUGUUAUAUGUAAGUAAUUUAUUAUUUGUAAUUAAUAUAUAUUUACACCUAAGUAACUAAAAAAUACAUAGGCUAGAUUCGUGGUGACUUAAGGUGGCUUAAGUAUGUCCAAAUCAUGUAUAAAUGUGCCUUAUUUACUCAAUUCAAUAAUUCAAAUAUAUUUAAAAUAAAUGAUUAGCUGCUAUUCUAACAUAACAUGGACGCUUUCUUAAACUAAAAUAACUGGGUAAGUUGCGCGCAGUUAAACCAUACAUGAGCAAAUGGCACAAUGAAUAUCAAUGUUCAAUUAAAAAUAGGUCAUUGCCAACAUUUAUUUUUCUUUGUUUACAUACAACCCAAAUUCGCAUACGCAUAAAAUCGAGUGUCUUCAAAGUAAUUUUUGUAAAUAACUAAACUUGUUAAAACUAAUUUAAGAAAUGUGUAAAUAAAUUGUACCGUUUUUUUUUAUAUUUAUUCCAAAGACCACAAUAGAAUUGGUAUAAAUAUAUAUAAAAUUCUUAUUCAGAGAAAACUUAUAUUUGUUAAUUAACUUUCAGUUAGUAUAGAAAAGGUCAAUUUAUACACGAAAAAACAAAUAAGAGAUUAGCAAAAUGUAUAUAACUAGACGAGCAGAUCAACUAAUUAACAAAUUAAACUUACUUUUUAGAGGAGCGAACAGUAGAGCUAUGUAGAUCGUGGUUUCAUUCUUUUCAAAAGUUAUGAGAAAAUGAAAAAUACAAAAAUUGUCCGGAUGCUGAACCCUGCAUACCCGCAGGCACUUAAAUAGCCCAGUGAACAACUUGAUUCUGAAAACUUACCUGUGAUAAGCGAUAAACUGAGAAUAUCAGUAUUAAAAAUAAGUUCUAAGUAGGUGCUUCGCUACUUCCUAUUUAAAUUAAAUAUUAUUAUUACCAAUAUUUACUCUAUUUAUUAUCAAUAUAGCAGUAAUUAUGUUUUGUACCAAAACACGUUGAAACCUGAACCACAAUCAUAAUAUCAGAAUAA